UUCAUGAAUAAAAGCCCCACAUCUCUCAAACAAACUUGUCCUUUCCAAGUUCCAACCAUAGCCACCAUUGUUUUCUCCCAACAUGUCCGAAGAACAAACUCCAUCAUCACCCUUUCUCAAAGCACCACUUCUACCUCUUCACGAACCAAUCCAACAAACAUCUAACAAUUCCUUUACAAUCACAUCAUCCAUUUUCAACCUUAAAAACUUUUAUAUAAUCUUAGGACCUUUAUUAUCCUUAGUUAUUUGUCUCCUAGUGAAGCUUGAUGCUCCUGCGACAAGCACAAAAAUGCUUGGUGUGAUUGCAUGGGUUUUCACUUGGUGGAUCAGUGAGGCUGUUCCACUUCCUGUUACUUCCAUGUGUCCUUUGUUUUUGUUUCCUCUCUUUGGAAUUUCUUCAGCUGAUGCUGUUGCUCAUUCUUAUAUGGAUGAUGUCAUCACACUUGUUUUGGGAAGCUUCAUUCUUGCUCUUGCUGUGGAAAGAUAUAACGUUCAUAGAAGAUUGGCUUUGAAUGUAACCUUGAUAUUUUGUGGCGAUCCAUUAAAUCCAGCAAUGCUACUACUAGGCCUAUGUGCAACCACAUUUUUCGUCAGCAUGUGGUUACACAACGUUGCAGCAGCGGUUAUGAUGAUGCCAGUGGCGACCGGAAUCUUACACCGGCUACCGCCGGCACAUGAACAAUCGGAAUUGAUGAACAAGUUCAGUAGAGCAGUGAUUUUAACCGUGGUUUAUGCUACACCAAUUGGUGGCAUAAGCACUUUAACAGGAACAGGUGUGAACUUGAUAAUAAUUGGAAUGUGGAAAAGUCUUGCUCCUCAAGCAAAACCAAUAAGCUUCAAUAAUUGGUUUUUCUUUGGGUUUCCUGUGGCUGUUUUUUUACUUAUCUGCUUUUGGAUUAUACUAUGUUUGCUUUAUGUUCGAAAAGGGUCGAGUAGGGUUUUAUCUGAUUAUUUGGAUAGAGCUUAUUUGAAGAGGGACCUUGAAGCUCUUGGUCCCAUGACUUUUGCUGAAAAGAUGGUGUUAUGUGUUUUUGGGUUAUUGAUAAUAUUAUGGAUGACAAGAAGAAUCUCAGAUGACUUACCUGGAUGGGGAGUUUUGUUUCAUGGUCUUGUUGGUGAUGGAAGCAUAAGUGUUUUGGCAGCUGUGUUAUUAUUCAUAAUCCCAAACAUGAAGCAAAACGGAGAAAAACUAAUGAAUUGGAAAGAAUGCAAAAAGUUACCAUGGAACCUAAUUUUGCUCCUAGGAGCUGGAUUUGCCUUAGCCGAAGGAGUACAAUCUAGUGGUUUAGCAGAUGUAAUGUCAAAAGCCUUAGGAUUCUUAAAACAUGUUCCAUACUUAGCGAUUGUUCCUGCUGUUAGUUUACUAUGUAGCAUUAUCACUGAAUUCAUCACUUCCAAUGAUGCUACGGCUACACUUGUUGUUCCACUUUUGUAUCAUAUAGCUAGAACUAUGCAUGUUCAUCCACUUCUUCUUAUGAUCCCGGGUGGUAUAGCGACUGAAUUCGCAUUCUGGCUUCCGACAUCAACACCUUCAAAUGUUGUUGGAUUUGCUACUGGACAUAUUGAAAUUAAAGACAUGCUUAAAGUUGGUUUGCCUCUUAAGGUUGCUGGAAUUUGUGUUUUGUCUCUACUCAUGCCAACGCUAGGAACCAUUGUGUUUGGAACAAACUAUGGUACUCAAUAGGUGGCACAUGCAAACUUUCAUUGGUUACUACAUAGUUUUCUUUUCCAAAUUAUAUGGCAUUAGCAUAUGAUUUUGAGUGAACGCCUCUAUAUAUUUUGAAUAUUUGUUGAGUUCUAAAUUAUAUUCAAGUUUUUAAAAAUCUUGUAUAUUCUUCAAGUUGUUGUAUAUAUUUUUUAUAAAUAGUCAAAUUCUAGUCA